AUGUCGACGAUGCAUUCAGGGUCCGCUAACGGGCCUUCUUCCCAUCCGCCCGAGUCCUCGAGCGAGCAUUAUCGGACGCUGAGUGAAGGGUACGAAGAUGGGAUCGCUGGGGACUCUCCGGAUCUAGGGGACGCCUUGACAGGAGGGUUGCGAGAACCAAUAUCCUUCAAGCGCAAACAGAAACAACCGUCGAAGUUCAGUCUGUCCAAUCUAUUCUCGAAUACCGCCGAAUCAGAUAUCGGACACUCUCGGUUCGGCCACACCAACCCCCGGAACGACCACGUGCCAGAAGAUGCUUCUUUACUAGGAGGGACGGCAAAUGGUGGAAAUCUCAACGUGCAGAAAGAAAGUGGUUUCCUGGAUUGGUAUGUGGAAGGUCCCGGGCGACGAGUCGGAUACGACGAUCUGACGGCGAUCGACUGGAUCUUCGAGUACACCAAAGAGCGCCAACGGAAACGUCUACUCUACUCGAGUGGUCAGGGUCUAGUUGGGCAUGCCCGUAGACUUCUCGAUGCUGGCAAUGUAUGGUUGGUCUUGAUUACGACUGGCGUGCUGGUCGGGAUAAUCGCGGCUUGCAUCGAUAUCACAAGUAAUUGGCUAGGCGACCUUAAGACUGGCUAUUGCAAGAAUGGGCCCGGUGGAGGCAAGUUCUACUUGAACCGAAGCUUUUGCUGUUGGGGCCACGAAGACCCCUCGCAGUGCCUGGACUGGACACCCUGGAGGAAGGCUUUCGGGGUGACUUCAUCUGGUGGCGGGUUCGCGGUUGAGUACAUAUUCUACAUCCUCUAUUCUGUACAUGCCUCGCGCUCUAUUCGUUCGAGCUUGACUAAUGCACUGACUAGGUCCUUUUUGCUGUUUGUGCAAGUGUUCUGCGGAAUUCCGGAGAUCAAGACGGUGCUUGGAGGCUUCGUGAUAAGGCACUUCAUGGGACCUUGGACUCUUGUCAUUAAAUCUUUGGGCCUUCCGUUCGAGAGCUUGAAUCAUAAUGAAGCCCGAAAACGUGAAGUAUUAUCUGCUGCAGCUGCCGCUGGUAUUUCCGUUGCCUUUGGGGCGCCUAUUGGGGGUGUCUUGUUCAGUUUAGAGCAACUCUCAUAUUAUUUCCCCGAUAAAACCAUGUGGCAGAGCUUUGUCUGUGCCAUGGUUGCCGCAGUGACGCUUCAUACAUUGAACCCGUUCCGUACGGGGAAUAUUGUGUUAUACCAAGUUACUUAUACUCGAGGUUGGCAUCGCUUUGAGUUGAUUCCGUUUUUUAUCCUUGGGAUUAUGGGGGGGUUGUAUGGUGCGUUUCUCAUACGCAUGAAUCUCAAAGUUGCUAGAUGGCGACGAACCCGAGUUUGGUCUCAACCGAUCUUGGAGGUUGUCAUUGUCGCUCUUGUCAGCGCUCUGAUUAAUUUCCCAAACAUUUUCAUGCGCUCUCAAAACUCAGAACUUGUCCAUUCCCUCUUUGCGGAAUGUGGGGAUGGUACAGAGGAUCCUUUUGGCCUGUGCAAACCUGGAGCUGCCUCGGGUGGUACAAUAGCCCUUUUGCUGGUGGCGGCCGUACUAGCUUUCUUCCUUGCCUCAGCAACCUUUGGCCUGGAUGUUCCUGCUGGUAUCAUCCUGCCUUCUGUCGCCAUUGGGGCUUUGUACGGGCGUGCUUUGGGUACAGCAUUCAAGAUUUGGCAAGCAGCUUACCCAAAAUUUUUCCUGUUCAGCAACUGUGAGCCUGAUGUGCCCUGUGUCACUCCAGGCAUAUAUGCCAUCAUAGGCGCUGCUUCAGCUCUUGGUGGUGCUACUAGGAUGACUGUCUCAAUUGUCGUCAUUAUGUUCGAGCUCACUGGUGCGCUUACCUACGUCAUUCCUAUCAUGGUUGCCGUGAUGCUGUCCAAGUGGUGUGGGGAUAUUUUUGGCAAGCGUGGUAUCUAUGAGUCGUGGAUUCGGCUGAACGAGUAUCCAUUCCUUGACGACCGCGACGACUUAGCACCUCCCGACGUGCCAGCCAACAAGGUGAUGACUUCUGUUGAUGACCUUACAGUUAUCGUCGCUGUGGGCCAUACAAUUGAUAGUCUCCGGAAUCUUCUCCUAACAACAUCCUAUCGUGGUUUUCCCGUGGUAACUGACACGUCAAAUCCCAUCUUAUUGGGCUACAUUUCACGCAACGAACUCUCAUUUGCUCUGAAAUAUUCAUCUUCGCCUGCUGAUCGCGAGCUGUCUGGUGAGACGCAGGUGUUUUUCGCCCAUCAGCCGUUCGCAGACCCCACGGAAACCCUCGAUCUACGACCUUGGAUGGACCAGACCCCGAUCACCCUGAAUAGCGGCACGAGUUUUCUUAUUGUACUACGCAUGUUUCGCAGGCUGGGCCUGCGGUACGUUAUAUUCGCUGACAAGGGGGUCCUUAAAGGGCUCCUCACGAAGAAGGAUGUUUGGUCUAUUGUUAAUGGAUAUGAGCUCCGUAAGGAUGAGCCUUCUGGAGAACAUGUAUUCCGUCAUGCACAUACGGCUGAAGAGGUUGAUUGGAACAGACUUUUGUUGAUUAUUCUGUGCGAUAUGAAGACUCUCUCCACCCGGAUUUAG